UAGACAAAACUUGUAGCCUCCAUUUAUGUCUUACUCUUCUCUCGUAGACUUGAUUGUAAGUUCUACUGAUAUUGUAGCGUGUAUGAAUUCUGUACACGUUUUCAAUAGAGAUAUACAUUCCUGCAAGAAUAAUCAGAUGCAUGACGUAACGUAUCCAAGGAACUCAGUAUAUUAACUCCCACCGCCAGACUCAGUGACUGGGUAAAGAUGGGCAUUUUUUACAGCGUAAUCUCAGAAUAGGGAGCCACCAGUUCAAGGGGUAUUGGACAACGGGGAUGCGCACUGGACAAUUCGCCAAACUGCUGCUGCUUUGCGUACAGGAUUUAAAGGAAUAUGGAUGGAGUUUUUUGCGCAACGACAAAAAGAGGGAUUUCCCUGCUCUUUAUCACGUUAUUGGCCCUACACUGAACUCCGUAAGAGGGACAUAACAUCCGAGGUGGUCGCGGAAUUCUCCCAUUCACGGGCUGUAGACUUCUUCUCAGAAACAACACGGUUCCUGAGACUGUGGUCAGGGUACGCAAAAUCGGUUUGAAAUGUCCGACUUCCACAACCGGAGCCAAACCAGCGCACGUCGCAGUGACUACGUGUGGCAGUAUGAGUAUUAUGACGACGAGGAGCCCGUGUCUUUUGAGGGACUCAAAGCGCACAGAUACUCCAUCGUCAUUGGCUUCUGGGUCGGACUUGCUGUGUUUGUCAUAUUCAUGUUCUUUGUUCUCACACUGCUCACAAAGACAGGAGCGCCACAUCAAGAAAACCCAGAUUCUGCUGAAAAGCAUCAUCGACCAGGAACUUGUCUGGCAGACAUUGAAGGCCCCCAGGACGAAAAUGACAAAGCCUUCUUCCGUCCUUUGCUCGGGGAGUCUCGCUCAUACUUUCAUUUCUACAUCAAUGAGGAGGACCAGGGUCAGGGGAAGGAAAAAACUGAAAAUAAGAAGGUUGGAAAGCACACAAGGGCAGGAGUCCAGCAGGGGACCUGCAACCAACCCAGAGGUAUCAGCUCCUUGGGUGUGGAUGAUAUGGAAGAGGAUGUCGAGGAAGCUGGAGGACACCAGCCUUUCAAAGGAUUAACAGAUGAGAGCAAGACGGGCCGAGAUUGUGCCUUUCUGUCUCACUUCAACAUCCCUAACUUUGUGAACUUGGAGCACAGUUCAACAUUUGGAGAGGAUGAUCUGCUGUAUGAGCCAGCUGUCAUACUGGAGCAGCAGUCCCGCUCUCAGGAUGCUCACUGUGACAUCCACUAAGGCCAUUUCUACAAUUACAUGACUAACAUAAACUUAGUGGUACUGUAGAAAUAUGAUUUGCUUUCCUUUCAUAAGGCCAUGUGUGACCUGACAGCGGGAAACGUAGUCACCUGCACCUACUUAGUUUCCUUUCAGGUUGGAGUGUUUCAGCAUACAUGCAUACAUUCAGAUCAACAAGUAAGAUGGUCCACAAAGUUAUAAGAUGACCUUUCAUCCUGGAGACUCUCACAAAUGGUGUCAUUUGCUUCAAGUACCUGGCUUUGUUGAAUAGGAUGUGAUUGUACAGCACCUGGACUAGAUGACUUUCCACACAGGAACAGAUAAAGAAUUGAGGGCAGUGGAGUCACCAGGGAGAGCUGCUUUGUAGAAUUGUACUUUGUGUAGCACAAAAUCAAUCAUUCAUUGUUCUUAAGUGACUUGAGACCUUAGAUGACAGCGUGUUAAGUACAUUUGAGGUCAGGAUUUUGUGAAACUUAAACAUGCUGAAUGUCGAUUGUCCAAAUAAAGCCUAAAAUGGUUGUGGAAAUCAAUUCAAAAUUGGUGUCGUCUAGUAUAUGUUAAUAUUACACACUGGUUAUCAAAUGAGAUCGCAUUAAAAUGUAGAAUUUUUCAGGUUUUGUCAGGGGUAAUAAUAACAAACAAGAACCUAAAGCAGCAUAAAUAAGUAUUUUGCAUAAGCACUGGAUAAACAAGCCCACAGAGAAUUCUCCCUGGACUCUGUAGUUCCCCACAGCUUUUUGAAAAGUUCUGGCAUUUUAGUUAAUUUUGGUUUUUGGCCACCUAAUUUAUUGUGUUGGUUCAUUCUCACUGCACUCAUGGUGACAGUGUAGCUGUGUUCGUAUUAACUGAAGACUUCACGGACAAAUCAGAUUAACGUUGUCAUUGAAACUGACUUUAAAAUGUGUUGGCAAUAUGUUUGAUGUUAGGGGAAACAAUCAUUAGACAUGCAGUCACUUAACCUGGACAAUGCUGCUCCCCAUAGUCAUGAAGAAAUUGCCUUCCCAGUCAAAGCAAAUUAAAAUAAUGUUGAGGUGAUUAUGCAGAGGAACAUUGCUAGCUAUCAUGCUCACUUAUCAGUAAAUGCAUAAGCUAUGUAUAUUUGAAUGAUGAUGUGCUGGGAAUGCCAGAGAGUCUAUCAACAUUAAUGCUGAAACUGACUCCACCAAAUCGGUCUUUCAGCCAAGUAAUUCUUUUCCUUUUUCCUGUAUCAAGCUCACUAGCAGGGAAAGGUUGUUCUUGAAUUAUUCUAGCAUCUUAUCACAU